AUGUUCUUCUCCAGCCUUGCGUUGUUUGGGAGCGGCGGAAGGGUCUUCUCUGAUCCAGCGUCAUCCAGGUUCGCUGGCCGCUUGCUUGACUAUGGCUUUCCCGGCGAAGCGCCCACUCUCGAGGAACUUCUCAAAGCCUUUCUGGAGGCCGAAUCCGCGGCCCUCAACGAUGCCGGCCUGGUUGCCGUCCUUGAGGCCGUCGUUGUAGCCGGCGUCGUGAAGGCGCGACUCAACGUUCAGGACAUCGUCGAAUAG